GAUUGAGCAAAACUGCACGCCCCCUUUCUCCUCUCCCGGCCAAAACCAACAGCCCCGAGUGCUCCGGUUACACCACUGGCACGGGGGCUGCUCAUUCAUUCGGGCUGAGGCGCUCGCAGCAUUUAUUAGGGGCUCCCCUCCCAGCCCUGGCCUUGCUAAACCCCGAGCGCGGCUCCAGACACAGCCCAGGGAUCUCCGGGAAGCGGCUGGGAGAAUGCUGCCCCAAGAAAUACUCUCUCUGCUCACCCUCCUCUGUGUCCUCGGGGCUUCGGGCUCUGCCCUGGAUGAAGACAACGACUACGACCUCAUGUACGUGAACCUGGAUAACGAGAUUGAGGCUCCAGCCCCUGGCACCGAGGAAACUGCUUCGUGCGACUGCCAGCGGGAGCACACGGAGUGGGACAAGCUGUUCAUCAUGCUGGAGAACUCGCAGAUGAAGGAGAACAUGAUGCUGCAGGCGUUGGACGAGCUCCCCAGGGUGGACCUGCAGACCCUGAGGGCAGAGCUGGCCCAGCUCACCACCAACCUCGCCGGCUCCUUCGCCGCCACCCUCGACAGGGUCACCUCCCACAUCGUGUCCCGGGUGGAGCAGGUGCUGGUGAGGAGCAGGGACCAAGCUGAAGAGGCCAAGAGGCUCCAGGAGUCCGAGCAGGGGAAGGUUCUGGAGCACGUCCUGCAGCUGAGCCACAACGUGUCCGUGAAGCUGGGCUGGCUGGAGAGCGCCUGGCUGGGCAGGGCUGAGGAGCAGGAGACAGCUCUGCAGCAGGACAAACUGGAUGCCACCAGAGGGGACAAUCUGCUCCUGAACUCGCUGUGGAAGGAGCUGCAACAGACCCGGGCGGAGCUGAAGGUGUCGCAGCAAUGGGCAGCUCAGCACCUGCUGCCAGCAGGGUGUGAAACCGCGAUUCUGUUCCCCAUGCGCUCCAAAAAGAUAUUUGGGAGCGUCCACCCAACUGCUGGAAUGACCCUUCGCUCCUUCACUGCCUGCAUCUGGAUCAAGGUGACCGAGGCUUUGGACAAAACCAUUGUCUUCUCCUAUGGAACCAAGUUCAACCCCUAUGAAAUCCAGCUUUACCUCCGCCAGGACUCCGCGGUGCUCGUGGUCGGGGGCGGCCAGCACAAGGUGGCUGCCCAAAAUGCGGUUAUUCCCGGGAAGUGGGUCCAUCUGUGUGGCACCUGGAGCUCAGAGAAUGGAUCAGCAGCCCUGUGGGUGCAGGGGGAGCUGGCAGCCAGUGCCCUGGACGUUGCCAGUGCUCACACCAUUCCCGACGGGGGGAUCCUGCAGAUCGGGCAGGAGAAGAACGGCUGCUGCGUCGGAGGGGGGUUUGAUGAAGCUUUAGCCUUCUCUGGAAAACUGACUGGCUUCAACCUGUGGGACAGAGUGCUCAGUGCCCCAGAGAUCACGGCACAGAGCGGGGAGGGCUCGUGUGGCACCAGGGGCAACGUGGUGGGGUGGGGGGUCACGGAGGUUCUGCCCUACGGAGGAGCCCAGUACGUGUCCUAAACCCUGGCACGGCACCUUCUGCACAGAGAAUGUACUUCCCAAAGAGCUGAACCCCAACACUCCAACUGAACAGAGCUGUAGGAGCCCACGUCCCAAAUUCCCAAGGAAGAUCAGCAUUGCAAGUUUACAAAAAGAGGCACUGUGGAGAUGGGGGUCGGAUCUCUGCCUGCUGUUUUGGGAAAACACUGAAAAGAUCCCACACAUCAAGGCAUGACGUUGGAAAAGCUGUUCCUGAGGUCUGGCAGCUCUGUCUGUCCAGCACAGUGUUUUCUGAUGGAUCAGAGCACCGUGGACACUCGGGAGUCAGAGGGUGCUCCCGACAUCCCUGCUGAGGGAAUCCUGACCCUUCUCUGCAGAACAGGCAGAGGAUGUGGAUUCCCCAUCCCUGGGAGUGUCCAAGGCCAGGCUGGAUGGGGCUUGGAGCAACCUGGGCUAGUGGAAGGUGUCCCUGCCCAUGGCAGGGGGUGGAACUGGAUCAUCUUUAAAGUCCCUUGCAACCCAAACC